CACAAACAAAGCAAACAAAAGACUUUUCUACUUAUUGCAGCUAUGGAUCCGACUUUGCAAGGCCAGUGGAUCAAGGUGGAGCAGAAAGGAGGAAAUGUACCAGGACCAAGAUGUUCACACGGCAUAGCCGUGGUCGGUGACAAGCUCUACAGUUUUGGUGGCGAGUUAAAACCAAACGAAGCCAUCGACAAAGACCUUUACGUUUUUGACUUCAACACUCACACCUGGUCAAUCGCUCCGGCCAAAGGAGACGUCCCUAAUAUCAGCUGCUUAGGCACCCGCAUGGUUGCCGUGGGAACAAAGCUCUAUGUCUUUGGAGGCCGUGAUGAGAACCGCAACUUCGAAGACUUUUACUCGUACGAUACCGUGACAUCCGAGUGGAAGUUCCUGACGAAGCUCGAUGAGGUGGGAGGACCCGAGGCUCGUACUUUCCAUUCUAUGGCUUCGGAUGAAAACCACGUGUAUGUAUUCGGUGGGGUGAGCAAAGGUGGUAAAAUGAAAACCCCCGUGCGGUUCAGGACGAUCGAGGAGUAUAACAUUGCUGAUGGGAAAUGGGUUCAGCUACCAGAUCCUGGAGAAAACUUUGAGAAAAGAGGAGGAGCGGGAUUUGCUGUGGUACAAGGGAAGAUUUGGGUGGUUUAUGGUUUUGCGACGUCGAUUGUGCCCGGAGGCAAAGAUAACUAUGAGUCUAAUGCUGUGCAAUUCUAUGAUCCGGCUUCCAAAAAGUGGACAGAAGUAGAGACUACAGGAGCGAAACCUUCCGCGAGGAGCGUGUUUGCGCAUGCGGUAGUGGGAAAACAUAUAAUAAUAUUUGGAGGUGAGGUCUGGCCUGAUCUCCGCGGACAUUUGGGUCCCGGGACGUUGUCCAAUGAGGGGUAUGUGUUGGACACUGAGACACUGGUGUGGGAAAAGUUGGGAGAAGAAGGUGCUGUACCAGCGAUGCCACGCGGUUGGACUGCCUACACCACUGCCACCGUCUAUGGAAAAACUGGUCUCCUCAUGCAUGGCGGAAAGCUUCCGACCAACCACCGAACUGAUGAGCUCUACUUCUAUGCAGUCAAUUCAGCUUAAUGCGUGUCAAGGCUUGUGUUGUGUGUGUGUGCACCAAGUAUUAUUACUAUCCAAUAAGGUGCACAUUUAUGGUUUUACGGUAUUAUUACAAAUUAUCUGUGUGUGGCUCGUCAAGCAUUAUUGCUAGUUAAGUUUUAUUGUCCAAUAAUGAGCCAAGUUAUGGCUGGCUGUGUUUUAUUACAAAUUAUGUGUGUACUGUGUUUGAAAUUUCUUGUCUUUGGAAUAAUUACUAAAUGUAUGUUAAGUAAUUAAAGAUUGAAUUAUCU